AUGCUGACAAUGAGUCGCAGGCAGCGAUACAGAAUGCAGGCUGUUGAGCAACCGAUUUAUGCUGACAGUGGGUCGCAGGCAGCGAUACAGAAUGCAGGUUUUACAGAACAGAACAAACCGGAACUGCUUCAAACAGCAGAUAAAUUACAACGCAUCGACGAUGAACGGGGUAUGUGCGAGAGUCCCCAGCAGCCAUCAUCACAGCGGUCGAUCGGUGCAGCGCUGUCGUCGAUUAGUGGGGCGGACGAGGAAAUUAGCCUUACUGGUACACUGAAAUUGCCUGCUCGUUUUCGCUUCAACAGUUUUCACGCAGUAAACGGGAACAAAAGUGAGCUCCAGUGCCAUAUUUGCUCUUUAGUGCAGUAUACACUGGCGGAUCGGCAGCCGAAGAACGAGAGGGUAUCGAAAAUUUUAGGACGCGAAAAGGACGAUGAAGAGGCACGAGGCAUACAACAACCGAGUAUUGCACAUUCACAAUCUGCUGUCUGUGGGACGAUGGGUGGUGUUGAAAUUACGCGAUGCUAUUGUGGCAUGGAGAACGAGGAUGAUUUCAUGAUUCAGUGUGACUUAUGCAAGUGUGUUUUGCAGAUUUCACAUUACAAAAGAAAUUAUGCGAAGCGGUUGAGCUAG